UGUCUGAUUGCCCCAGCAGUUGGCUAACGGUAAACACCAGUUCAACCCCUGCCCAGACUUGCUAUAAAAUAUAUUCAACCCAAUCGCAGACGUUUGACGGGGCCGCCAGUUUCUGCAACAGUCAAGGAGGAUACUUGGCCAGGGAAACGUCAGCAAUUGUUCAUGCUGGCUUGAAACCAAAUGUGAUUGCUGAGUCUAUCGCACACCCCAACACCAACUUUUGGAUUGGGUUAACAGACAACAAUACAAAUGGACAGUGGGUUUGGGUCGGAGGACCAACAGUAGGAACUUACAGAAACUUUGGUAAUCGCAACUCUGGAGGCAGCCGCAACAGGAGAGACUGUGGAUAUGUCUCAGUUUGUAAUGACUUCCGGUGGCGAACAACCACCAACUGUAACCAAACCAAUGCUUUCAUUUGUCAGCGAGAUCUUACUGCCCCGCCACUUGCCACAACCACUCCUCGUAAGUCAGAU